AUGGCGAGCAAUGGCCUAUCCUUGAGGCCUGUUAUAUCCAGUACUAGGAUAUUGUUUGGACUUCUCCCAGGAAUGGGAGCUAUGAUAUUUUUGCGUAUGGUGAUUCAUCUGUACAGACCAGACAUAGAAGACGCAGAAAAUCGAGUCAGAGAUCACCCAGUUGAGCAACUUUAUAAAUGCUACGAUUUUAUUGUGAUUGGUGCUGGGUCAGCUGGUUCAGUAGUAGCUAGCCGUCUCUCAGAAAAUCCAGAUUGGAAUAUACUUUUAAUAGAAGCUGGACAGGAAGAAAACGUGUUAUCGGAAGUACCCGCAUUAUUUCCCGCUUUACAAACAUCUUCAAUAGAUUGGCAGUUUGUUACAGAGCCAAGUAAUGGUUUUUGUUUGAGCAUGGUAGGCAACAGGUGUAAGUGGCCGCGCGGCAAGGUAUUAGGUGGUUCCAGCACACUUAAUGCCAUGCUUUAUAUACGAGGGAAUAAAAAAGAUUAUGACAAAUGGGCUAUGCUUGGUAAUGAAGGCUGGGCUUAUAAGGAUAUAUUACAAUAUUUUCUCAAAGCGGAAGAUAUGCGAAUACCUGAAUAUCAAAAUAACCCGUAUCAUGCGGUAGGUGGCCCUAUAUCAAUUGAAUAUUUUGGAUAUCAACAACCAAUUACAAAUAAAAUAUUAGAAGCCGGCGAAGAACUUGGAUAUAAAAUAUUGGACGUAAAUGGUGAAUUCCAAACUGGCUUCACAAGAUCUCAAGCAACUUUGCGAAAUGGACUUCGAUGUAGCACAGCAAAAGGAUAUCUCAGACCAGCAUCAAAGAGAUCUAACUUACACAUUACUGUCCACUCUCUAGUCGAAAAAAUAUUAAUAGAUGAAAAUAAAAAGGCAUAUGGAGUAAAAUUUACUAAGCACGGAAAAUCACGUAUUAUAAGAGCAAGUAGAGAAAUUAUACUAUCGGCGGGGGCAAUCCAAUCACCCCAGCUACUUAUGCUCUCGGGUAUAGGGGAUAUCAAAGAGUUAAAAGAACAUGGUAUAUAUCCAAUUGCUCAUUUACCUGGGGUUGGGAAAAACCUUCAAGAUCAUGUGGCUAUGGGUGGACAUUCAUUUCUUUUUGAUAAUCCCUAUACAAAUGGAACCGAUUACUGCUUUAAUCUUUAUACUGUAAGCUCACUCGAUAGCUUGAUUGACUUCUCGAUUAAUAAAAAAGGUCCUUUGUACAGUAUGAUGGAAGCUGAAGCAAUGGCAUUUGUUAAUUCAAAAUAUCAAGAUCCCGCCGAAGAUUAUCCCGAUAUACAAUUUUUCAUUGCACCUACAGCAGACAAUAUGGAUGGUGGAUUAUUUGGAAAACGUGCAAAUGGGCUCUCAGAUGAAACUUAUGCUGAAUUAUAUGAAGAUAUAUUAUACGAUUCAUCGUUUUCUAUAGUCCCUCUACUUUUAAGACCCAAAAGUCGAGGAUAUAUAAAGCUACGUGAUUCCAACCCGCUUUCGCCGCCACUUAUUUAUCCAAAUUACUACGUAGACCAAGAAGAUAUGCUUAGGAUGAUCGACGGUGCUAAAAUAGCGCAGUCAUUAAUUGAGCAACCUGCAUUAAAAAAACUGAACGCUCGGCCAAAUGCCAAUCGUAAUCCUGGAUGCUCGAAGCACCCACUUAUGUCAGAUGAACAUUUAGAAUGUCAAGCGCGUCAUCAUUCCUUGACUAUCUACCACCCAGUAGGAACCUGUGCCAUGGGCCAUGCUAACAACUUACAAGCAGUUGUUGAUCCCAGAUUGAGAGUAUACGGGAUCAGUAAUCUCAGAGUAGUUGAUGGCAGUAUCAUGCCAACGAUCGUUAGUGGAAAUACUAAUGCACCUAUAAUAAUGAUUGGAGAGAAGGCAGCAGACAUGAUUAAAGAAGACUGGGGUGAAGCAGCCCAUACUUUUGUUAAGUGUACUUCAGAAUCCGUACUAAGGAAUGACGAGGUGGAAUCUAUAGAAAAUAACAAAUUAAGACACGCAGGAGAAACCCAAUCAACUUUAGACAUUUUUGCGGAAAUAAGCAAUCUGUUUCCAUCAUUACAAAAUGAUUUAUUUAGAAAAGAUAAAAAAUUGAAUAAUAAUGACCAGGAUCUAAAUAUAAAUUCUAUCCCUGCUAAAUCAGAAAAAAUAAAGGAGAGUUUGUCUUUGAAUAGUGUUCAUAAUCCCAAAUUAAAUUCAUUCAGAAUUAACAAUAUGUAUAAUCCUGAUUUACACUUUUAUAAUCACAAUUCCAAUAAUCCAAAUCCUUUUCUAAAGCCAUAUCCUUAUUUUAUAUCGGAUCAAGGAACAGAACAUUUAAAUUUUAGGGUUUCUCAAUCUACAUUAAAUGGCAAUAAUCGGUUUCAUAAUACUGCAAAUCCUAACAUAAAAGUUGAUAAUAAGCUCACCCAUUCGGACAUUACUCAUGAUAAAAAACCAAAAAUACAAGAAAGUCAAUUCCACCACGAGCGAUUCUCACAGUAUCAUAAAAAAUGUCGAACUUGGUUAUAUCACAAUGGUAUGAAUUAUGAAGUGGAGUUC